AUGGUUUUUACUCUUGUCUUUGGCCUUCUCCUCUUGGCUGCCCUGCCACGUGGUCCGGCCCAGCAGACGGCAACGGGCACCAGCAUCAGCGGCGCCCAAACUGGCCCUCUCGCUUUUGACUCUGACGGCCUCUUCCGCAUUUCCAUCUUUGAGGACCUUCAUUUCGGUGAGAAUGCAUGGGAAGCCUGGGGACCCCGACAAGACGUAUAUUCCGUCAGGGUGAUGGAACAGAUCCUAGACGCAGAGCCACAAACCAGCCUCGUGGUUCUCAAUGGCGACCUCAUCACAGGAGAGAACACGUUCCUCGAGAAUAGCACCGAGUACAUGGACCAGAUUGCCAAGCCCAUGCUCGACCGCGGGCUGACAUGGGCGUCAACCUACGGCAACCACGAUAGCGACUACAACAUAUCCGCCUCGCUCCUUCUAGAGCGCGAGCAACGCUGGCUCAAUUCGCGAACCUCGCAGAUGGUGCAUAGCGAUACCGCCGGCGUGACCAAUUACUACCUGCCCGUCUACCUCGAGCCAUGCGACGACUCGGAUUGCACGCCGGCACUGCUGUUAUGGUUCUUCGACAGCCGUGGCGGUUUCCAGUUCCAGCAGAGAGAUGGGGUUACGGGCGAGCGAGUCGGCCGCCCCGGCUGGGUGGACAGCACCGUCGUGGACUGGUUCAAGCAGACCAAUCAAGACCUCGUCAGCAAGGCUGGGAGGCCAGUUCCGGCGCUUGCCUUUACGCACAUUCCCACCAGUGCCUCACUAGCAUUGCAGGCAAAAGGUCUGGACCCGCGCCUUCAGCCGGGGAUCAACGACGAUGUGCCCGUCGCCCAGCAGGGCGAUUUACCGUAUCCAGGUAAAGUCGGGUACGAGGAGUGCGAGCAAGAUAUCCCUUUUUUAGAGGCGCUCGCGGCCACGCCGGGCUUCAUGGCCCUGUUCUCGGCCCACAAUCACGGCAACACGUGGUGCUACAAAUGGGACAACGACCUGCUCCCCGACUUUCCUGUCAAGGGAAACGGGAUCAACCUGUGCUUUGGCCAGCACUCAGGGUACGGCGGCUACGGCAGGUGGAUCCGCGGCGCCCGGCAGGUCGUCGUAUCUCGGGAGAAGCUCGAGGAUCUCGCCAUUGACACGUACAUUCGGCUUGAGUCGGGCGCUGCUGUGGGUUCAGUAACUCUCAACGCCACGUACGGCCAAGACGUGUACCCCGCGACGCCGAAUGACCAGACGAGGCUGCCUCCGGACUGA